AGGAGCCCAUCGGAAAGCGGCGGAGGAUGGAGGGAGGAGGAAGAGGGACGGGGUGCGGAUGCUCCCGCCCGCCCCCGCCGGGAUGCUCGCCCCUCUUCUCCUCCUCCUCCUCUUCUUCCUCCCCGCGUUGCCGGUCGCUUCCCAGCCCGGCCAUAGCGCUCCUACCCUCACCCCGCAGAUCCGCUCCUUUUUGGAGGCCCUGGGUGCCCGCCCCGGGAGAGGGGGACCGGCGGAACGGCACCGGCACCGGCCCCGCCGCGCCCCACGAAGCCUCCCGAAAGCUGGCGCAGUACACGCACCCCGUCCGACUAUUUUGGCCCAAAUCAAGGUGCUAUGAUUACUUGUAUCAGGAAGCUGAAGCACUUCUGAAAAACUUUCCAGUUCAAGCCACAAUUUCCUUUUAUGAAGACUCGGAUAGUGAAGACGAUGAAGAGGAACUGGAACAAGAUUCAAGAACAGAAUCGGAUUGCUGAUGGCAGGAAAGGCCAGCGCAGCUUCUAAGACUUAAUUUAAACUUAAUAUAAAAAUGUAUUAUACUAUUUUUAAAGAUAAUUUAUUUGUAUGUAAGUUAUUCUUAAUAAAAUGGAAAUGUUUUCUAAUUUUA